CAACAACAAAGAACGACACAGCCCCCCUUCCAUCCCUAUCACACACCCCCACAAAAUGGCUUACAUGAAUAAAGUGUUUGCCGACUAUGCCGCUCGCCAAGCCAUUCUGCAAACCAGCACCAAUCCCUAUGCCAAGGGCAUCGCCUGGGUCGAAGGACAAGUCGUUCCCCUCAGCGAGGCCCGCAUCCCCCUCCUCGACCAAGGAUUCCUGCACAGCGAUCUGACUUACGAUGUUCCCUCUGUUUGGGAUGGUCGCUUCUUUCGCCUCGAUGACCACCUUACCCGACUGGAACUGAGCUGUGCGAAAUUACGCCUCAAGUUCCCUAUACCUCGCGACGAAAUCAAACAGAUUCUCAUCGACAUGGUGUCUAAAAGCGGCAUUCGCGAUGCCUUUGUCGAGCUGAUUGUCACACGCGGGGUGAAAAGUGUGCGCGGGAUCAAGGCGGAGGAUCUUGUGAACAGCCUGUACAUGUUCAUUCAACCUUAUGUCUGGGCUAUGGAGCCUGAGGCUCAGCUGAUCGGUGGAAGUGCUGUUAUUGCUCGAACGGUUCGCCGUGUACCUCCGGGCGCUAUUGAUCCAACUGUGAAGAAUCUGCAGUGGGGAGACUUGACCCGUGGCAUGCUCGAGGCUUCGGAUCGAGGUGCCAUGCAUUCUUUCUUGACGGAUGGAGAUGCUCAUCUAACCGAGGGGCCUGGGUUCAAUAUUGUUCUAAUUAAGAAUGGAGUGAUCUAUACGCCUGAUCGUGGAGUAUUGCACGGUGUCACUAGGAUGAGUGUUAUUGAUGUUGCACGGGCGUGUGGCAUUGAGGCCCGGCUAGAGGUUGUGCCAGUCGAAUUGGCAUAUCGUUGCGAUGAGAUCUUCACAUGCACAACGGCUGGGGGAAUUAUGCCUAUUACGACGCUGGACGGAAAACCGGUCAAUGGGGGGCAGAUUGGUCCGAUCACGAAGAAGAUCUGGGAUGGGUAUUGGGCUAUGCACUAUGAUCCGGCCUAUAGUUUUGAGGUUACUUAUGACGAUGAGGUAAAGGCAAAGCCUUAGGUGAAGAAGCAUUAGUUGAGGAAGUUAUGGAAACAUCGGACGUUUUUAUUUAAUCAGUCAGCCCGAAUUACAAAUUGAUUCCGU